AGUGCAGUACACACGAAACCCACACAAGGACACAACUAGCAUCAAACAAUAGGUGGAAUAAUAAGCCAUGGUCAUCACAAGGAUCCAAUCAUUUUUUAUCCCCCGCGUCCCUGUCAGCCUUGAAAAAACAGCUGGUAGGGAUGUUGACGCUUCUAAACCACUAGAGCUGCCCCCCUCCUUGCAUGAAAACAGGAACGGUCUAGUGCAUCCGUAUCCAUUAAGCACACUUGACACUUGCACAAAUAUAGGUCAAAUAAAGAACCCUACCCACUUCUGUAACCUAACUAAAAAUGAAAGUGUCUUAGCUUGUAGCAAAUCCAGUACUCCAACUCCUAAUUCUUCACCGGAAACAGCACACACCAACUCGAUAGACAUUGGUGAGCGUGAUGCUGAAACUCCUCUAAACACAGGAUCAUCAUGUCAAGCAGAAAUACUGGGUGCUGAACCGUAUCCGGGUCUGACUAACGAACUUAAAUACUUCAAAUGCUACUUCAACUCUCAUCUUUACCUAAUCCUCAUAAACGCUAGAUCUGUUCUAAAUAAACUGCCGAUGCUCAGAGCACUCACAGUAAUAUACAAACCCCCUGUAAUUGUCAUCACUGAAUCUUGGUGUCAUUCGAACAUCCUGGAUGAAGAAAUAAGCUUAGAUAACUACACACACUUUCGGUGUGACAGGGAAGGUGGUAAGGGAGGGGGUUGUCUCAUGUAAUUUCUGAAUGCACUUACUGUAUCACAGCUAGAAAGUAGUACACUUAACAUGCCAGAGACUCUAUGGGUUAAUGUACACUUAAAUAACGUAACAGCAUUAAUUGGAUGCACCUACAGAGCACUUGGCACCUUUAGUAAUUACGAGACCCAACUUAUCAAUACUCUGGAGCAAUUAUCCGACUUACAAUACGACCAUAAGAUCCUAUGUGGGGACUUUAACAUACCUGAAAUCAACUGGGAUAUACCCACAGGCCCAACUAAAUUUGAUAAGUUCUUAGACACACUGGAUAUACUUGGCUGGAAACAAACUGUCACUACUCCCACAAGAGGUAAUAACGUACUAGACUUAAUCUUCUGCCACAAUAUAAGCCCCUUACGCUAACAAUAACCAAAUUAUAAGAACCCUCAAAAGUUCAAAGGCUUUCGGUACCGACGGUAUAUCAUCUUAUUUCUAUAAAUAUGGUGGCCUUGACAUUCCUCUACCGCUUCUUAAAAUAUUCACAAUGUCCCUGGAGACUCAGACUUACUUUGAUAUAUGGAAAACAACAUUUAAUAUGCCUAAACACAAAUCUGGCCCGAAAACUGAAGUCAGUAACUACU